CCAGCUGUUCUAUAGAGAAGUACUGAAAGAAGUUGUGCGUCUUCCCGGGGCGGGAAUAUCUGCUUAGCAGGUUUUCAUAAAUUUGUUUUAGUUUGGUUAACGUGGUUAUUGUGAGAUGAUAAUAAUUGCUGAAAUGUCUAGGAAUCGUUUCUACCUAUGUAUCUCUUCUCAUCAGAAGAUAUAGCUGACUCCUGUCAAUUAAUUUCUUGAACUAUUCUGUCGUCAGAAAGAUAAAAAGUCGCAGUCAGUUAUUUGAAUGUAAAUUCUCAGGAACUUUCAUGCGGUAAUACAGUUGGCUUCGUGCUGCUGUUUAUUCUGUUGUGUACUCUGAUUACGACUCUAUUACAGCAUGGCAAUGGAAUGCAUCAAGAACUGCUGCAAGACCUUCCUAGGCAAGGACGCUGAGAUAGAGCAGCAAGUGAUUACAAUGAAGAUGCCCCCUGCCAGAGCUAUCUCAGGUGGCCCCAGGAAGGGUGUAGGGGUAUCAGAGGACUAUCUCCUCUCUAAACUCCCCUUGGAUGGAAAAGAGAUCCCCUUUGUCCUCCCCACGUUCAAACCUUCCUACAUCCAACCACGAGGAUCACGUUACCUCGGCUACCAGACACCAGGGCUACACAGUUCAGCCAGGAGCACCUAUGCAGAGAGGAAGGCGGAGCUGUCAGGGGCCAGUCACAUAGUCUAUAACCCCGACUCCUCCCCCAACAUGUCUCCCGGAACAACACGACACAGCAAUCUGAAAAAGAGUUCCCGGGGCUCAGAAUCAGGUGGGAAUGUGACGACUGGGAAUCUGAGCAAAUCCCUGUUUGACUUGUCCAACUCCAACCCUCCCAGCCACAUACAGCGUUACGACAGUGUGUCCAGUGUCCAGAGCAGCAGUGCAUCGUCCUCCCAGAGGGACUCCCUGGAGAACAGCCGUAGCCUUGAGUCCAUCACGUUGUCUGGAGAUGAGAGAGACUUGGGGAAGGUGUGUGUCCGGCUGAGUUACCAGGAGGCCCUGGAGCAGGUGUGGAUCACGUUGGUACAGUGUAAGGAUGUGUCCCUCGCUCAGAACAGCAGUGAGCUGCAGCAGAUUAGCUUUAAAGGCAUCAUCACUAUGAGCAAACCAGUACAGUUCAAGAGCUCCGUCAAGGAAGGUUCUCCGGACACAGUCUUCAUGGAGACCUUUGUGUUUACGUUGCGGCUGCAGCAGCUGCGUUGCAGUGCUCUGGUAUUCCGGCUGCAGACCCAUCACCCCAGGAAGAGAACGGUGGCAGAGUGUGUCCUCUCCCUCAGACAGCUGGGCCCUGAGGAGACACAGCACUGGAUGGAGCUCAGCCCCCUUUCCAAGACCACUGUGUGUCACGCUGAGCUGCACCUGGCCACCUGUUUCCAGCCUGUUAACGGACGCCUCCAACUGCAGGUCCUCGCUGCCCAGAACCUCCCUGUUCCACUCAGGCAGGCGUUCUUUGUGAAGAUAGAGAUGCAGCUGUUGGGCAGGGUGGUGAUGAAGAAGAAGACUCACGUCCUGAAGUCCUCCGGAGGUCAGCUGACCUGGACUGAGUCUUUCUACUUCCCCUUGGCUCUGGACCAGAGCUUUCUGCUGUCAGUCAAACUGUACAGCCGCCGCUCUGUCAGACGAAAACACUUCCUCGGGCAGGUUCACCUUGGCUUCGACAGCCCGACGCAGGAAGCAGCAGAGCAGUGGAGGGAUAGCAUGUCUCACCCCGAGAAGGUGGUGGCUGUAUGGCACAGACUCAACGGGUCCUGAAACGCCUGUAGAAACUCACACAGCCUAUAGAAACUCACACAGCCUAUAGAAACUCACACUGCCUGUAGAAACUCACACAGCCUGUAGAAACUCACACAGCCUAUAGAAACUCACACAGCCUAUAGAAACUCACACAGCCUAUAGAAACUCACACUGCCUGUAGAAACUCACACAGCCUGUAGAAACUCACACAGCCUGUAGAAACUCACACAGCCUGUAGAAACUCAUGUAGAAACUCACACAGCCUAUAGAAACACACACAGCCUGUAGAAACUCACACAGCCUGUAGAAACUCACACAGCCUAUAGAAACUCACACAGCCUGUAGAAACUCACACUGCCUGUAGAAACUCACACAGUCUGUAGAAACUCACACAGCCUAUAGAAACUCACACAACCUAUAGAAACUCACACAGCCUAUAUAAACUCACACAGCCUGUAGAAACUCACACAGCCUAUAGAAACUCACACAGACUAUAGAAACUCACACAGACUAUAGAAACUCACACAGCCUAUAGAAACUCACACAGCCUGUAGAAACUCACACAGCCUGUAGAAACUCACACAGCCUAUAGAAACUCACACAGCCUGUAGAAACUCACACAGCCUGUAGAAACUCACACAGCCUGUAGAAACUCACACUGCCUACAUUCAAAAUGGCACCCUAUUUCAGGGGUUCUCAAAGUGGGGUCCACGGAGGUACUGACACGGAGUUUCUACAUCUCAAAAUAUAUAUAUAUAAAAAAAAUAUUUAAAAAAACCAAAGAAUAUCUUAUUAAUAUUACUAACAACAACAGGUGAAAACACACAUUUUCCCAUAUGGAUCUGUGGAAUAAGUUUAUGGUGUGUAAUACAAUGUAAUAUUAUUAACCUAAAAUGUAUGUUCUUAAAGGCCUAGUGCAGUCAAAAAUGUGAUUUUCCUAUGUGUUAUAUAUUAGAGGUUGGAAUAAUACUGUGAAAUUGUGAAAACUAUGAUAAUGCCCUUUAAGUGUAAGAGCUGUUUGAAAAGACCUGACAUUUCAUCCUGUUUUGGUGGGAUGGACUUUUGGUCUGCCUGGAGACAUCACCAGGCGGUAAAUUAAUGAAUCAAAUCAAAUCCAACUUUAUUGGUCACAUGCGCCGAAAACAACUGGUGUAGAGACCUUAACCAACAGUGCAGUUCAAUAAAGAGUUCAGAAAAUAUUUAACAAGUAAACUUAAGUAAAAAAAAAAAAAAAAAGUAACACAAUAAAAUAACAAUAACGAGACUAUAUACAGGGGGUACCGAGUACCGAGUUAAUAUGUGGGGGUACAGGUUAAUCAAGGUACAUGUAGAUAGGGGAUAGGGGUGAAGUGACUAUACACAGAUAAUAAACAGUGAGUUUAGUGGAGGGGGGUGUCAAUGUAAAUAGUCCUGGUAGACAUUUGAUUAAUUGUUCAGCGGUCUUGGGGGUGGGGGAAAAGAGCUGUUAAGGAGACUUUUGGUCCCAGACUUGACGCUCUGGUACCGCUUGCCGUGCGGUAGCAGAGAGAACAGUCUGUGAUUUGGGUGACUGGAGUAAUCGCAGUUCUGAUGACCAGAAGUUAUUUUCGAUCAUAAGAAACAUUAUAUACAAAAUAAGUUUUUAAAAAAAGUUACAAACAACGCAAAAAACUAACAAAAUAGGUUGGUUAGGAGCACGUAAAACGGCAGCCAAUAAGAAAGAGAGUUUCAAAUCUCUCUGCCAAUAACAGCUAGUUUUCAGUUUUCAGACCCCCCCCCCUCUGACCACUCCCAGACAUUCCGAGCAAAAUUCUUGCUUUAGAAAUCGCUCUUUGCUAAGAAGCUCUUUUUGUUUAUUUUUGACCAUUUUAUUUGAAACAAUCACAGUAACGUACUUAAUUGUUUCCCAACAACAAAGCAUCUCUCUGCCCCAUGACAAAAUGUGUAGAAUUACAGAAUACAAAAUAAAAAAACGGCUACAUUUUCUCGUGGCGGGCCUUUAAUAUGUUCCUCCCCAGGGCUCAAGACUUGGUUCGCCCCGGCCAAAGUCAUAGUAAAAUUCCUUGGGGCCAUACUUGGUGAACAUAAGCAACCAUUUAUAUGUAAACAAUUUCAUCCGGCGUAUCAGCAAAUUAAAAUCGUUAAUUUACUUGCACGUGACAGAAUGCUAAAUUGUAGCUGGUCCCGGAUAAAAUGGCACAUGUUUAGCCUUAUGCUAACCUCACCCAGAUAAAAUGGCACACGUUUAGUCUUAUGCUAACCUCACCCAGAUAAAAUGGCACAAGUUUAGCCUUAUGCUAACCUCACCCAGAUAAAAUGGCACAUGUUUAGCCUUAUGCUAACCUCACCCAGAUAAAAUGGCACACGUUUAGCCUUAUGCUAACCUCACCCAGAUAAAAUGGCACAUGUUUAGCCCUAUGCUAACCUCACCCAGAUAAAAUGGCACACGUUUAGCCUUAUGCUAACCUCACCCAGAUAAAAUGGCACACGUUUAGCCUUAUGCUAACCUCACCCAGAUAAAAUGGCACAUGUUUAGCCUUAUGCUAACCUCACCCAGAUAAAAUGGCACAUGUUUAGCCUUAUGCUAACCUCACCCAGAUAAAAUGGCACACGUUUAGCCCUAUGCUAACCUCACCCAGAUAAAAUGGCACACGUUUAGCCUUAUGCUAACCUCACCCAGAUAAAAUGGCACACGUUUAGCCUUAUGCUAACCUCACCCAGAUAAAAUGGCACAUGUUUAGCCUUAUGCUAACCUCACCCAGAUAAAAUGGCACAUGUUUAGCCUUAUGCUAACCUCACCCAGAUAAAAUGGCACACGUUUAGCCUUAUGCUAACCUCACCCAGAUAAAAUGGCACACGUAUAGCCCUAUGCUAACCUCACCCAGAUAAAAUGGCACACGUUUAGCCUUAUGCUAACCUCACCAAGAUAAAAUGGCACACGUUUAGCCUUAUGCUAACCUCACCCAGAUAAAAUGGCACACGUUUAGCCCUAUGCUAACCUCACCCAGAUAAAAUGGCACACGUUUAGCCUUAUGCUAACCUCACCCAGAUAAAAUGGCACAUGUUUAGCCUUAUGCUAACCUCACCCAGAUAAAAUGGCACACGUUUAGCCCUAUGCGACCGCGUCGGAGUGCACUGCGCCCGGCCAGCCACAGGAGUCGCUAGUGCGCGAUGAGACAAGGAUAUCCCUGCCGGCCAAACCCUCCCCUAACCUGGACGACGCUGGGCCAAUCGUGCGUGGCCCCAUGGGCCUCCCGGUCGCGGCCCAGCUGCGACAGAGCCUGGACUCGAACCCAGAAUCUCUAGUGGCACUGCUAGCACUGCGAUGCAGCGCCUUAGAGAGCACUGAGCCACUCGGGAGGCAUCUGCUUUGUCACUAUAUGCUAUAUGUUAUUUGACUCGAGGAGGAUGACUGUGCCCAUGUGUACAGUGGGAUUGAUUAUAGGUUGCACUCUCGUUAUCAUCCUACAGAUGGCAGUAUUGAAGUUAUUUUUUAAAUACGUUUUAUUUGCGAGUCCGAGGGACUGGAACAGACGGUCUUAUUAAUGGAGCCGACUCUGUAAAUCUAUCUGAUGGGGAAUUAGUUCUAUUUGACAAAGUCAUCUUAACUCUCUGAUUAGCCUUUUCUGUAGGCUAGCUACUAUUGGAUCUCCAAUCAACGGAGCUACAUUCAUUCACAUCAAAUAGCGUUUUCCUUAUGUUAUAACCUGCUAAUGAAUAUGGGGAAUUAUAUGGUACACCUCAAUUCAUAAUGGACCUCGUUAACCACCGUGGUCCUAUUCCAUAUGUACUGUAGCCUCGGCUUCCAGGCCGCCGAGGUGAACGCAUGGUGGAGCCUACCCAGGGAGUGAUUACGCCCUCUCCUGGCUAAGAGACGUUAGUGUAGGCUAUCAUUAGUAAGAUGUAUUCUUGUGUAGGCUACACUUACAUGCAGGCCUACAGCGUUUUACAGGCUAUGCGUUAUUAUAUACAUCGACUUCGUGACAUGCAUUUUGAAUUGAGCGUCAAAGACCGGGAGUGAACAGUUUUUUUUUCCCUCAACAGAAAAAGCUUGAUGUGAGGGGGUCUCGAACCCAUGAUUAAAAUGCACUAUUGAUUUCAAGUCAACCACUUUAGCAGUGUGCCACUUAGAAACAAUGGUAAUAGCAGUAGCCUACAAGACUGCUAUUUAACUAUUAUUUAAUUUAAACAUGGGAUUUUUGUCAUGUAUUUGAAAACGUGAAACUGUUGUUAGCUAGUAGCUAGUAGCCUAGUCAAGGAUACAUCAGGAUACAUUGGCUCUCCACAUUGUGUUACAGAUCAAGGGAGAGAAAAAAAAAGUAAACCUUAAAUUUGUAGGUUUAAAAUAUCUCCCUAGUGACCAGGGUUGACUUAUUUUAAGAAAUGCCAUCGAUUGGUGGAUAUAAAGUCUAAGAUCUUUGAUAGGCUGACGAAGCAUUUGUUCUAGGAUGUGAUCAUUGCCACCUACCUGGGAGGUUAGCAUAAGGCUAACGUGUGGCAUGUUAUCUGAUGGGACCAACUGCUAUUUAGCGUUGUCACAUGCAGGUCAAUCGACAAUAUUAAUUGGCCGAUACGCAUUUUGAGACGGAUAAACUUUAAAAAUUUGAAUGGUUGCUUAUGUUCGUAAUUAUCGCCCCCUUGUAUGCUAUGUUUAUCUCACUCAAGUUGUGUUCUGAUUAUGAGGGGGGUCCUUGAUGAAAAAAGGAGUCCCCUGCCCCACAAAAAAAAAUUGAGAACCCCUGCCCAAUUUUAAUGCACAACGUUUGACAACUUUUCUGGUCAAGAGUAGAGCACCAUAUAUGGAAUAGGUUGCCAUUUGGGACGUAGACACAGCCUCACCUGGACAGGCAGGUGACCAAGACGAUGUAGACACAGCCUCACCUGGACAGGCAGGUGACCAAGACGAUGUAGACACAGCCUCACCUGGACAGGCAGGUGACCAAGACGAUGUAGACACAGCCUCACCUGGACAGGCAGGUGACCAAGACGAUGUAGACACAGCCUCACCUGGACAGGCAGGUGACCAAGACGAUGUAGACACAGCCUCACCUGGACAGGCAGGUGACCAAGACGAUGUAGACACAGCCUCACCUGGACAGGCAGGUGACCAAGACGAUGUAGACACAGCCUCACCUGGACAGGCAGGUGACCAAGACGAUGUAGACACAGCCUCACCUGGACAGGCAGGUGACCAAGACGAUGUAGACACAGCCUCACCUGGACAGGCAAGUGACCAAGACGAUGUAGACACAGCCUCACCUGGACAGGCAGGUGACCAAGACGAUGUAGACACAGCCUCACCUGGACAGGCAGGUGACCAAGACGAUGUAGACACAGCCUCACCUGGACAGGCAGGUGACCAAGACGAUGUAGACACAGCCUCACCUGGACAGGCAGGUGACCAAGACGAUGUAGACACAGCCUCACCUGGACAGGCAGGUGACCAAGACGAUGUAGACACAGCCUCACCUGGACAGGCAGGUGACCAAGACGAUGUAGACACAGCCUCACCUGGACAGGCAGGUGACCAAGACGAUGUAGACACAGCCUCACCUGGACAGGCAGGUGGACCCAUAGGAACAACCACACCUGUACCUGUACAGCCAUACCAGCAUGCUCUAUAACUGGGCUUGGCAACAGGAGGCCCAACAGGCAGCUUUUUUAAAGGCUGUUUAAAAUAACCAGGAAUUAGGCUAAAAUGUGUUUAAUUUAGUAAAUAUGUUCAAUUAUUUUUGGGCUUAGGCCUCGGUUCAAUCCGAUCAAACCGACACAGCUGAUGUUUUGACCAUUGUCGGGAGGUGGAACUACGUUGGAGAGGUCAAACAUUUCUGUCACCUUAAUGGAGGUGUAAAUUUACAUCUCACACUCCAGUGUUCCUACAUGUAAACAAAUCUGCAUCUUAAUUAAUGCGACGCCGUGCAACCGAUGGCAACGGUCGCUUUAGGUUACAAUGCCAGGAUUCCCUUGUGGAUUUCACGUCUCUAACGCAGUUCCACCUACGAUACCGCCAAAAUGUAAACAUUAGUAUAGAGUUAUGUUCUGACCCACCCCCUCCCCCCCCUCCCCGACCAUCUGCGCCGACCUAAAUCGGGACUGCGUCUGAAUGUAGGCGCAUCUUGUUUCUUUAUAGGAUCACGGGACACUGCUUCCACUACAGAUUAUGUUCCCUCACUUUGCUUAAUUAAAGAAGGGAUUGUUAUUUAAUAAACACAUUCUGUGAAUGUCUGGAAGAACAAAUGGAUUUGUUUAUUUUAUUUUUUUGUCGAUAAAGUUUGACAAGUUUUGUAUGUUGUCAAUGUUUUAGUGAACGUGCAGUACAUCGAGAAAGUUAUUUUGAAUGGAAAUGGAUGUUUUUAAAAGAAGGAUUUUAAAUUUUUUUUUUAACUCUUAUUUAAUAUAUUUAUAGCUGUUUAUAACUGCUAGGAAUUGUAGCAUGUAUGAAUACCUGGUUGUAUGUCAUGUAUCAUCUGUGUACACUGGUGAAUCCCUGGUCUAUUAUAAUAUAUCAAUAUUUUUUUGUACGUCUUCUUCUUUGUCUUCUAAUCUUAAUCUAGAGAACUACUGUAUAAAUAUAAUCAAUUAUUAACCUCACAUUAGCAUAUUAGCGUAUAGUAUAAUAAAUUAUUAAUCUCACAUUAGCAUAUAAACACUGGUGUGAGUGUCUUUCAUCUCCUGUCUUUUUAUAUAACGACAUUGUUUAAAGAUAAGCGUGAUUAAAACUAAGAUCCUAUCUUAAACCCAAA